UGCUCUUUCCCCAUUCCCCUCAUCAUCAGACAAGCAGAGUAGAGCAGGACGGAGAGAGACGUGAGCCAACAAGUGCAGAACAGAACAACUCCACAAAGAGAAGAGAGAGGAGGAUAGUUCCCUUUGCAAGGAAAGAAUAAGAGAAGAAAAUCAAGCCUUUCAGAAAACACCAACAGGAGAAGAAAUAUGAGACUGCAGCACAUUUAAAUCCAAUAAUCUUCUUUGCUCACCAACUGAGGACUCAUUUCUAGUCCCAUUUUAUGUUGGAACAGUUAGAUUUCUUUCUAAUUCUACAAGAGGCUACACACUGAUUGUAGAAAACCUUCACUGUGUAGUAGAACUUUUUGAAGAUAGAAGGAGAAAGUGGGAGAAGGAAAGAGAAAAUAAGGCUUUUUUGGAGCCAGGAUUUGAGAAGCAGGAGGCUGCAGAGAUGGAGAUCAUGCCCGGGAGAGGAGCUUGUUCUGGGGCAGGCAUGGGGAGGUUACCUGGGUACCUGGUGUGUGUGCUGGUUCUCUGUGCCCUGGUGACAGGCUAUGCCAGCACAUGCCCUGCCCUGUGCACCUGCAGUGGCACCACAGUUGACUGCCAUGGGCUGGGCAUCAAAACCAUGCCCCGGAAUAUACCCCGCAACACAGAGAGAAUGGAACUGAAUGGGAAUAACCUCACACGCAUCACCAAGACGGACUUCUCUGGACUCAAGUACCUCCGCGUGCUGCAGCUGAUGGAGAAUCAGAUUGGAGCGAUAGAGCGUGGAGCGUUUGAUGACAUGAAGGAGCUGGAGAGACUGCGCCUGAAUAGAAACCAACUGCAGCACCUUCCAGAACUGCUGUUUCAGGAGAACCCUGCACUGUCACGUCUAGAUCUGAGUGAGAACAACAUCCAGUCCAUCCCCAGAAAGGCUUUCAGAGGAGCUACAGACAUCAAGAACCUUCAGUUGGAUAAGAACCACAUCAGCUGCAUCGAGGACGGAGCUUUCAGAGCACUGAGGAGCCUGGAAGUACUGACUCUGAACAACAACAACAUCAGCAGCAUCCCAGUCUCGAGCUUCAACCACAUGCCCAAACUACGCACCUUCCGUCUCCACUCCAACAACCUGUACUGUGACUGUCACCUGUCCUGGUUGGCCGAGUGGUUAAGACAAAGGCCUACGAUUGGUCUGUUCACCCAGUGCACUGCUCCAUCCCCGCUUAGAGGACUCAACGUGGCUGAGAUACAGAAACAUGAGUUUACCUGCUCAGGUCAGUCAGAGAGCUCCGGCUUGCAGCCUUGCAGCCUAGGGGGAGGUACGUGCCCUGCCAUGUGUACCUGCAGUAACAACAUUGUGGACUGCAGAGGAAAAGGCCUCACAGCUAUACCAGCCAGCCUUCCUGACACCAUGGCAGAGAUUCGCCUGGAGCAGAAUGGGAUCAAGUCAGUUCCUCCCGGUGCCUUCUUUCCCUACAAGAAGCUGCGCAGGAUAGACCUGAGUAAUAACCAGAUAUCUGAAAUAGCUCCCGAUGCCUUCCAAGGCCUGAGAUCUCUCAACUCACUAGUCCUGUAUGGGAAUAAGAUUACGGAGCUUCCCAAAGGAGUGUUUGAUGGACUAUAUGCCCUGCAACUACUGUUGUUGAAUGCCAAUAAGAUCCACUGUGUUCGGGCCAAUGCCUUCACAGACCUGCAGAACCUCUCUCUUCUGUCUCUGUAUGACAACAAGAUACAGACUGUGGCCAAGGGCACCUUCGCUUCUCUCAGAGCUAUACAGACGCUUCACCUGGCCCAGAACCCGUUUAUCUGUGACUGUAAUAUGAGGUGGCUGGCAGACUACCUGCGCUCCAACCCCAUAGAGACCAGUGGUGCCCGUUGUACCAGCCCCAGACGACUGGCCAACAAACGCAUCGGGCAGAUCAAGAGCAAGAAGUUCCGCUGCUCUGCCAAGGAACAAUACUUCAUCCCUGGCACCGAGGACACCCGUCUGAAUAAUGAGUGUAACAGUGAUCCAGUCUGUCCUCCUAAAUGUCGCUGUGAUUCCAACGUGGUGGACUGCUCCAACCUCCGAAUCAAAAAGAUACCAGAACACAUCCCUGCCUCUACCACUGAACUUCGUCUGAACAACAAUGAGAUCACUACACUGGAGGCUACAGGAGUCUUCAAGGCCCUCUCCCAGCUCAACAACAUUAACCUUAGCAACAAUAAGAUCACGGAGAUAGAGGAUGGGGCGUUUGAGGGGGCGGGGUCUGUCAACGAGCUCCAUCUUUCAGCCAAUCAGCUGGAUUCUGUCCGCAGUGGAAUGUUCAAGGGACUGGAGGGACUACGCAUGCUAAUGUUGAGGAACAACAAGAUCAGAUGUAUCCAUAACAACAGCUUCACCGGCCUGCACAACGUUCGCCUGUUGUCUCUCUAUGACAACCAGCUAACUACCAUCACCCCUGGAGCCUUCGACACCCUGCAGACACUGUCUACACUUAACCUCCUGGCUAACUCCUUCAACUGUGACUGUCGUCUGGCCUGGCUUGGUGAUUGGCUGAGAAGCAGAAAGAUCGUCACGGGCAAUCCUCGAUGCCAGCGCCCCGCCUUCCUCAAAGAGAUCCCACUACAGGACGUGGCACUGCCUGACUUCCGCUGUGAAGAGGGAGUGGAGGAGAUGAGCUGUGUGCCCAGGCCUCAGUGUCCCAGUGAGUGUACAUGUCUGGAGACUGUGGUACGCUGCAGUAACAAUCACCUCCGUGCGCUGCCCAAAGGCAUCCCCAGAAACGUCACUGAAUUGUAUCUGGAUGGGAACCAGUUUGGCAUGGUGCCAAAAGAGCUUUCUACCUUUAAAUACCUCCAGUUAGUAGACCUUAGUAACAACAAGAUCAACUCUCUCACCAUCUCUUCAUUCUCCAACAUGAGUCAGCUCACCACACUGAUCCUGAGUUAUAACUCUCUGCGCUGCAUCCCCAGUCUGGCCUUUGGUGGACUGCGCUCCCUUCGACUACUGUCUCUCCAUGGCAACGAGAUCUCCGAGCUUCCUGACGGCAUCUUCAGUGAUGUGGCCUCUCUGUCUCACCUGGCUAUUGGUGCCAACCCCCUAUACUGUGACUGCCGUCUGCUCUGGCUGUCUGACUGGGUGAAGACGGGCUACAAGGAGCCAGGCAUCGCCCGCUGUGCCGGACCGACGGGCAUGGAGGGCAAGCUGCUGCUCACCACCCCUGCCAAGAAGUUUGAGUGCCACGGUGAGGUGGACAGCGGCGUCCUAGCCAAGUGUAACCCAUGCCUGUCCAGCCCGUGUGUCAACCAAGGGAUCUGUCACAGUGAUCAGGCAGAGAUCUACAGGUGUAGCUGUCCUCCUGAAUUCAAGGGUAGAAACUGUGAGACUUCUCUGAACGCGUGUGUCAGUAACCCCUGUGUCAACGGGGGCACCUGCCAACUUGAUAAGGAGGAGGAGGCAGCAUACAGCUGUGCCUGUCCCCUUGGCUUUGACGGUCCUACCUGCCUGACCAACAUAGAUGACUGUGAAGAUAAUGACUGUGGAAACGGAGCUGCCUGUAUAGAUGGAGUCAACCACUAUACCUGCCUCUGUCCACUGUACUACACAGGGGAGAUGUGUGAGGAGAUGGAGGAUGUGUGUGCUCCAGGGGUCAGUCCGUGUCAACACCAAUCUACCUGUCUCAUCACCUCUACUGGGCCCCAGUGUGUGUGUUCUCCGGGCUACGUGGGUGAUGACUGCAGUGUGGACUACGAUGACUGUGAGGAGAAUCGCUGUCCGAACAGAGCUCAGUGUGUCGACCAACUCAACGCAUACUCCUGCUCCUGCCCUGAUGGCUAUAGUGGUCAGUUGUGUGAGGUGCCCCCCUCCCCGCGGUCUCUGUGUGACCUGGCAGACUGCCAGAACGGUGCCCUGUGUGUGGAGCGGGCAGGCCGGGCACUGUGCCAGUGUCUCCCUGGGUUCGGAGGGCCUCGCUGUGAGAAGCUAGUCAGUGUUAACUUUGUAGACAGAGACUCCUACCUGCUGCUCUCUGACCUCAAGAACUGGCCCCAGGCUAACAUCACACUGCAGGUGUCGACAGCGGAGGAGAACGGUAUCUUGCUGUAUAAUGGAGACAAUGAUCACAUCGCUGUAGAGAUGUAUCAAGGUCACGUUAAGGUCAGCUACGACCCUGGCAGCCAGCCUGGACAUGCUAUCUACAGUACUGAGACAAUCAACGAUGGUCAGUUCCACACAGUGGAGCUGGUGACCUUUGACCAGAUGGUGAACCUGUCCAUCGACGGGGGUCUCCCCACCACCAUGGAUAGCCUGGGGGGGGUUCGUCCCCUUAACGGGGAGGCUCCGCUCUACGUGGGGGGUAUGCCCGUGGACGUCCACUCGGCAGCCUUCCGGCUCUGGCAGAUCCAGAAUGGCUCCAGUUUCCACGGCUGCAUCCAGAACCUGUAUAUCAACAAUGAGCUGCAGGACUUCACUAAGACCCAGAUGAAGCCGGGCGUGGUGCCAGGCUGUGAGCCCUGUAGGAAGAUCUACUGCCUGCAUGGUAUCUGCCAGCCGGACGGGCCACAGGGACCAGUCUGCCACUGCCAGCCAGGCUGGAGCGGACCACACUGCGACCAGCCUGCCGACAACCCAUGCCAGGGCAGCAAGUGUGUGCAUGGGAAGUGUAUUCCCCUGGACCUGCAGUCGUACCGCUGUGAGUGUGUGGAGGGUUACCGUGGUGCCCUGUGUAACCAGCAGGGGGAGCUGUUUAACCCCUGCCGCAGCCACAACUGUAAACAUGGACACUGUCAGACGUCUGAUUCAGGAGACGCCUACUGUCACUGUGAGGCUGGAUACAGCGGAGAGCUCUGUGACGCAGAGUCAGAGUGUCGAGGGGAGCCUGUGAGGGACUUCUACCAGGUGCAGCGUGGAUACACCAUCUGCCAGACCACACGCAUGGUCUCCUGGGUAGAGUGCUCCGGCGCCUGCGACACGGGUGCCUGCUGCGCCAGCCAGCGAAUGAAACGUCGGAAAUACACCUUUGAGUGCAGCGACGGAAGAUCAUUCAGCGAGGAAGUAGAGAAGACCAUCAAGUGUGGCUGCGUGGGCUGUAUGUAGCACGCUUCACACAAACCUGCUAUUGCCACCGCCCCCGAACGCACCACAGAGAGAAGAAGAAAUAAGAGAAAUAGUAUAAAGAAAUGUAUAUAAAAACCGCUAUGUAUUAUGGACAGCAAUCUUUAUAAAAUAGGACAUUACCUCCUCUUUCUUUGGGUGUGUGACGCACAGAAACACAGAGGAAACACAACAACCAAACCAUUGUAUCUGCAACAUUGUUUCCAAAGGGUUCUAAAGAUGUGAAAGGUGUUGCAUUCAGAGCAAGGACUCAACCAACCCCUCAUACACACAUGGUCUCAACCUCUGGCCUCUUGGACAUCAUCCAUUAGGUCCCAGAUAGCCUCAGCACCAUCUCUCAUCUUUUCUUCCUGAUGGCAGUGUGUGUAAUGUAGUGUCUGGCCUGGUCAGGGUGGCAAGAGGGAAGAGGUACAGAGAUAUUGAAAGAGAGGGAGGAGACUGGGGUUGGGCUGGAGUUGAGUUUGGUUAGGCAAGGGCUGGAGUUGGGCUGGAGCUGAGCCGCUGGGCUGGGCUGGUAUAAGCCAAAUAAAGUCAGGCUUAGCUGGGCUGGGCCGGAUUGCAGUUGAGCUGUGAUGGGCUGAGCAGAGCUAGGGCUAGGUCGGGCUAUAGCUGGUCUAGUCCGAAGCUUAUUUGACUCCUGGAGUCUUUAGAACAAGAUAUGUCCAUUAUUUUCCUUAUUUAUAACACUACUGCACUGAAAGUCAGUGCCCUUCACAGUGCACAUACAUACACAUACACCCACCCACACAGUAGAGAAAGGCCUUGUCUGAGCAGAAAGAAACACACACAAACACACAUUUUCUGUCUGAGCAGAAAGGUCAUUUCAUUAGAAGCAAUACACAUUGUGAUUCAGGUUGACUCUCCAUUUCCCUACUGUAGGCUAUAAGCUAUAACCCCAUCUGGAGCAGGCAGUGCCCGUUGGAGACCCAUCUCCCAGCAUGCAUUGCCUCCGGAUUAUUUGCAUAAGCCCUCCCCCCUUUGAGCAGGAUGAUUAGGCCCCUCAAUGCCUUCAGUAUUAAACUGUUGCAUGCAAGACGUUUGCAAAUGAUUAUGUAGAGCUUUUUCUUAUCAUGAUGUAUAUUAUUACAGAACAAAGGUGCACAGUAUAAUUCUUUGUUUGUUUUGUUAUGUCUAAUUUCAAUGAUUUGUUUUGCAUUAUAGGUUACAUCAGAAAACAACAUAACUCCUUUAGCCCUCUCUUUAUACAAAAAUGCCUAACAGAUUCUAAUAUAUAUAUAUAUUUGUAUUUCAUUUUGGUAUAGUAUUUUUAUAUGUUAAAGAGUACAUCUGUGUUUUGUGGAAGCUUCCAAUGGAACGGGCAGGACGGCAUUUGAUUGGUUCCAUAGCUGUUUUCAUUUGUUUAUUUCAAUUGCUCAAACAAGCUCGUUUGUAAUUGUCCAAAACAAGGUAGCGAAUGGUUGGCCUUGUUUUAUAGGAGGCAGUAUUUAUGUAAAAACACGUUUAAUAUUGUAUGUGUUGUCUUCCAUGUGAAUAUGACAUGUAAUUCAUUUAAAAGUC